AUGAGCAACGAAGUGUCCACAUACAAUUUUGAAGAAUUCUUCGAGAAAUAUCUGCCCAACCCUGGCAUCCAACUCGACGCGGUCGUUGAAGAACUAAAGAAACAAAAGAUGCUGGUUUCGAGAGGGGGAUCCUUGCACCAGAAGUCAUCUUCUUCAAAGAAAGGAUCUCUGCUCUCGCACACCUUCAAGUCGUUCAAAUCUCUGUUCAGAUCCCGGACCACCAACCCAACGCGCGUCAUGAAGGCGAUACAAACCAUCGGUAACGCUGUUCGUAGCGCACUCGGGAAGGCUACAGACUGUGAAGCCAGCGACUUCAGUGUGAGAGCGGAGAAAAGUACUGGACUCUCUGCUUAUGGCUCUAUCACUUUGAAACUGGAGGGCCCACUGCGACCUACAGACGUCAUGGUACCCAUUAUGGUCAACCCUGACAAUAAUGACAAUGAACCAGAAUUGAACCAGGAGAACGCUGCCUUUCUGUCCUGCGCUGCUGAAGUUAUGCAUGGGGACGCACGGCACAUCUUUUGUUUUGGGAUUACUCUUGAAGGUCCGGAGGUCACGAUGUGGCGGUUCUCCAGGACCCUAAGCAUGAAAACGACUCCAUUCGAUAUGACAGAGCGCCCGGAUCUCCUCAUCCAAAUGUUUACGUCGCUCUUGUCCUCGAGUGCGUGCGAUUUGGGUCACGAUCCUCUCGUAACACUGCUCCCCGAUGCCAACUACAUCUACGAAAUUCCCUCCGAUGGUGGCACUGGGCCUCUCUACUACAGGACGAUCACGUCUAUCUGUGAUGCACGACCCUCCGGCGUCUCUGGUCGCCGCUUGCGUGUCUGGGAAGUUGAGCAGGUGGAAUCAAUCUCGAACCCUGUUCGCGUUCCAGGAACAGCGACUAGGGCACUGAAAGACGUUUUCCUCGAUUCCGGCGCGCGUACCGAGGCAGAUAUUCAACAGGAUCUCUUUGACGACAUCGAAAGGCUUGCACAGGAUGCAGCCUGGCGUUCCCGACCGCUCCUGAAGGAUUUUCCUCAGCGUGAUAUCGACGAUAUCGCAGAUGCGCUGGAAGGCGGCAAGUUCCGACAAUACUUCUCUUGCAUCGUCGCGAAGCACGUCAGGGAAGCCAAUCCACUCGACAAUGUUGAGGAAGAAGACGAAACCGGGGUGGCUGCGCCAGAGGAUUACCAGAUCAACAGCAUAGGGGAGUCGGAGGUGGUCCCGCCAGUCCCCCGGCGUGUCAGGCGUCGAUGUCUGUUCGUAUACGAGCACGUCUGCACACCCCUCAACGAUAUUCCCGCCCUUGGAGAAGCCAUCGACGUACUGAAGCUCGUCCUUACGCCGCUCCGCUUGAUGUUCCUCGCAGGCUGGGUCCACCGCGACAUCAGUCCAGGCAAUAUACUUGCGUAUCGAGAAGUCCCGGGGUCGCCUUGGACGGUCAAGCUCUCCGAUCUCGAGCACGCGAAGCGGUUCCCCGACUCUGAGUCGAGUGGCGCGGAUCGCAUCGUUGGAACACCCUAUUUCAUUGCCCAUGAAAUCAACGAUCCUGGCCCCGUCGUUCACAAUUACCAACACGACUUAGAGUCGAUCUGGUGGAUCCUCAUUUGGCUGGUCGCUAUGCGCAUCAACCAGAAGCUACCACGAAAAUUCGCUGCAACCUACUUCAAACAAAAGGUCGGAUACCAUCGCAGCAGCCUGAUUACCAAUAACCUGGCCUAUGACAUCGAGUUGCACAAAUCACUCCCCCCGGUGCUUCAACGUUCUGCAUUCUUCAUAGCCCUGGACCAUCUUCGACACCACUUGUAUAUCGCGUACACCACCCGAAGCAGUAACGCCACCCACGACGACGUCUCCUCGUUUUCAUCCAUUGUGAGCGAGGGAAUGAAUGGUUUCUUUGACGCGAUUAAGGCGAGUAGGGAACAAUGGGCCGACAUUGAGCUCAUUGUCGACUCAAAACCCCGCAAGGCGGAAGCACCACCCGCGUCCACAUCACCACCUUCGACUCUCGAACAGCGUCACGACAACUCAUCGACCAAUAAGCGCCAGGCUGAGGACUCUGGCGAAGGGGGAAGAGCGAGAAAGAGGGCCCGACCCAACACUGUGCGCGACACUGCCGUCGCUCCUCGCACAGAUGGACCAACGACGAGGUCGAUGGCGAAGAAUGAGGUGCGAUUUACGAGAUCCAUGACGCGUCGUCUUCAGGAAGAAGAGAGGCAGAAAAAACGGUGA